AUGAGACACCAACACGGUAUGCCAUUGGACGAUAGGAUCGUUCUAUACUUGCAGAUGGCCGGUUUAUACUAUCUUGCAAGACUAAAUGAGACAUGGUUUCGACUAGACGAGCCAUUGGUGGAGAGAUGGCGGCCUGAGAUGCACACUUUUCACAUGCCAUUCGGGGAGUGCACUAUCACGCUCCAAGAUGUGACAUACCAGUUAGGGCUCCCGAUCGACGCAACACCUGGAGCUCAACCAACUAUCAAAAGUGUUCUCCAAAGCAAAGAAAUUGUGGAGAAGUGUGAUAUUGCUAUUGCAAGAUGGAUGAUGGAUGCCUCUGUGCCAUUCAAUGCGGUUAAUUCAGCUUAUUAUCAGUCGAUGAUCGAUGCUAUAGCAAACAUGGGUGCAUGGUAUAAAGGGCCAAAUUAUGAAAUAGUUCGUGGAUAUUUGUUGAGUAAAUUGGUUGAAGAUGUAAAGAAGAUGAUUGAAGAUUAUCGCGUGAUUUGGAAACAAACUGGAUGUACUAUCAUGGCUGAUGGAUGGACUGAUCGUUGUAGGCGUACUUUAAUUAAUUUCUUGGUUUAUUGCCCUAAAGGAACUGUUUUCCUAAAGUCAGUUGAUGCUUAUCGUAUCUCGAAAACUACUGAGGCUUUGUUUAAGUUGCUUAAGGAUGUUGUGUUAUUUGUGGGUCUUGAGAAUGUUGUACAUAUAGUGACGGAUAAUGCUGCAAAUUACCUUGCUGCUGGAAGGUUGUCGGAAUCGGAGUUUCGUAGAUUGUGUUGGUCUCCUUGUGUGGCACAUUGUGUUAAUCUGAUGUUGCAGGAUAUUGGAAAGCAGACGAGAAAUACUUCGUCCAGCUCCAACUCGAUUCGCCACUUUUUCAUUGCUUUGCAAAGUAUUUUGGCUCAAAAGGAUGCAUUGAGAGCUAUGGUGACAUCUAGAGAAUGGAGAAGCUCAGCUUACUCUAAAGAAGUCAAAGCAAAAAAGUUUGUGGAUCAAGUCUUAGAUUCUAAAUUUUGGAAUCAAUGCACUGAUAUUGUUAAGCUUAUUGAGCCACUUGUUCGUGUAUUGCGUAUUGUGGAUAGUGAAGAUAGAGCUGCAAUGAGUUUCCUUUAUCAAGCUAUUUAUAAGGUUAUGGAAGAGAUGGUGAAGAGGUUUCAAAAACGAAAGAGGGUUGUUGAUCCAUAUUUGAAGAUUUUAGAUUCACAAUUUGAAAAGCACAAGCAAACAACCUCUGGCCUACUAGAUGUCAUUGAGAGAUAUGCUUACGGUGAUGCAGAUAUGAUUUCUAAAUUGACAAGUGAGACGAGAAUCUUUAAGAAUGCUGAAGGAGACUUUGGAAGACAGUCUGCAAUACGUGACCGAAGCACAGUGAUGCCUGAUCAAUGGUGGGAAUCUUAUGGAUGUGGAGCAUCAAAUUUGCAAAAGUUAGUGAUUCGUGUUUUGAGUCAAAGUUGUAGUUCUUCAGGUUGUGAGCGUAACUGGAGCAUUUUUGAACACAUUCACUCAAAGAAAAGGAAUCGGUUAGAGCAUCAAAAGCUUAUUGAUCUUGUUUAUGAACCGAAUGAGAAAGCGUUUUACGAUCCAAUUUGUCUUGAUGCAUUUGAGGAUCAUUUGGAAUGGAUAAUGGAAGAUUCACCACCAUUUUUAACCCCUGGAGAAGUUAAUUCUUUACGGAAUGAUCUUGCAAAUAUGUCUCUUCAAUUAGCUUUAGAUGAUUUGGAUCAAUUGAAUCUGGAAGAUGAUCGAGAUGAUGAUGAAGCUAAUAAUAAUUAUGUGGAAAAUGCAAAUGAAACCAAUCCGGAUGUAGCUCCAGAUUUGUCAGAUGAAGAAAGACAUCCAGACUUUGAAAUUACUCCUUAG